CCCCGCAGGAUGGACAGGAUGACGGAGGACGCUCUGCGCCUCAACCUGCUCAAGCGGAGCCUGGAGCAGGCCGAGGAGCGCGAGGACGCGCUGGCCAAGCGCCUGAAGGUGGAGGGGCACGAGGCCAUGGAGCGCCUCAAGAUGCUGGCCCUGCUCAAGAGGAAGGACCUCAGCGGCCUCGAUGCCCCCCACGAGCCCCCCGGGAAGCCGGACACAGGGAAGGGCUACGAGGAGAAGCUCAAUGGGAGCCUCCGGCCCCACGGCGAGGGCAGGACCGGGGGGAGGCCGGGCAAGGAGAACAUCAAUGAGGAGCCCGUGGAUAUGAGCGCCAGGAGGAGUGAGCAGGACAGGGGCCGCUUGACCCCAUCCCCGGACAUCAUCGUCCUGUCCGACAACGAGGCCUCCAGCCCUCGCUCCAGCUCCCGCAUGGAGGAGCGCCUCAAGGCAGCCAACCUGGAGAUGUUCAAGGGGAAGAGCCUGGAGGAGCGGCAGCAGCUCAUCAAGCAGCUCCGGGACGAGCUGCGCCUCGAGGAGGCCAGGCUGGUGCUGCUCAAGAAGCUGAGGCAAAGCCAGCUCCAGAAGGAGAACGUGGUGCAGAAGACCCCCGUGGUCCAGAACGCGGCCUCCAUUGUCCAGCCCUCCCCUGCCCAUGGGGGACAGCAGGGACUGUCCAAGCUCCCCUCCAGGCCUGGAGCUCAGGGGGUUGAGCCUCAGAACCUAAGGACAUUACAGGGUCACAGCGUCAUCCGCUCGGCCAGCACCACCACCCUGCCCCACAUGCUCAUGUCCCAGCGCGUCAUCGCCCCCAGUCCUGCCCAGCUCCAGGGCCAGAGGGGGCCCCCCAAACCCGGCCUCAUCCGGACCACGACGCCCAGCAUGAAUCCAGCCAUCAACUACCAGCCGCCAUCCAGCUCCUCGGUGCCGUGCCAGCGCAGCUCCUCCUCGGCCAUCUACAUGAACCUCGCCUCCCACCUCCCGCCGGGCUCCGUGGCCAGGGUCUCCUCUCCCCUCCCCAGCCCCAGCGCCUUGUCCGACGCCGCCAACUCCCAGGCCGCAGCCAAGCUGGCCCUAAGGAAGCAGCUGGAAAAGACCCUGCUGGAGAUCCCCCCCCCCAAGCCCCCCGCUCCCCUCCUGCACUUCCUGCCCAGCGCCGCCAACAGCGAGUUCAUCUACAUGGUGGGGCUGGAGGAGGUGGUGCAGAGCGUCAUCGACAGCCAAGGUGAGCGCCCCCCUGUCCCCAUCACCUCCCAUUCCCUAUGGAUGGGAUGGGAGAAGCCCCAAAUGGGAUCCCCCUCCUUGGCUGCUUGCAAUGGGGCCUCUCCAUCCCCAAGCAGUAGGAGCCAAG